AUGGCGGAAACUACGAAGACGUUGGAGGAUGCCGCUAGCAACAUACAUAUACGAGCUAAAGAGGAACAACGUCAGCUGAGAGAAGCGAAUUCUGCCCUCAGCGAAGCGAACAAGGUAUUGAAAAGGGAGAAUCUGAUUGGGGCAUCACCAAUUGAUGGAAAGGAAAAGGUGAUGUUCGAAGAGAUUAAAGAGUUCGAGAAAAAUCAAAAGUUAAAAGGGCCCGAAAUUGGGCUUGAGCUGGUGUCUCGUUGCCUCCGUGCCUUCCCUAAGGAGACGGCCCCUGGUCCAUGGGGCCUUCGCAUCGUGUAUCUCAAAGAAGCAUGCGUGGCUGGGGGCAGCGAGGCGCUUAUGACGCAGUUGACGGCAGUUGUCAGCUUGCUGAGUCAAGGUCGUGCACCCGCCUUUGUUGCGUCUGUCUUGGCUGGGGCAGGCUUGGUGGCGCUCCCCAAACCCAAUGGCGGAGUCCGGCCGAUAGCAGUUGGGGAAAUCCUACGGCGUCUUGCCGGGAAAUAUUUGAUGAGCCUGGUGCGCGAGGAUGCGCAAUCCUAUUUUUGGCCAGCGCAGGUCGGAGUUGCUGUUCCGGGAGGUGCCGAGAAAGCCAUCCACACAGUGCGGGCCUGGCGCCGGCGGCACUGGAACUCUCCUCACAAAGUGGCCCUCAAAUUGGAUUUCAGCAAUGCGUUCAAUACGGUCAGUCGCGCUGCUGUGUUGUCAGCCGUAUCGGAACAUUUCCCUUCCUUGAGCCGGUGGGCAACGUGGUGCUACCAACGCCCCACCCGGCUGCAAUUUGCCGAUUGGGUGGUCGAGUCCAAAGCUGGGGUUCAACAAGGUGAUCCUUUGGGGCCUCUGUUUUUCCCAGCAGCCAUCCAACCCCUCGCCCAAGAUCUUCGCAACACUGGCUUGGACCUUGCAGUGCACUAUUUGGACGAUGGAAUCCUGGCGGGGGACGUGGCUGCGGUAAGCCAAGCGCUCCGCCUGGUUGAAGCCCGCGCGGCCAACAUUGGUUUGAUUUUGAAUUUGGCGAAGAGUGAGCUAGUUGCAGUUGGGGCCGUUGACAUCGCUGCUUUGCAUUGCCACUUUCCUGACAGCCUGCUCCGCGACACAGGAGGGGCCAGCAAAGUGCAGCGCAAUUUCGAGCUGUUAGGAGCCGCCAUUGGGAAUGAUGCCUUUGUCCGUGCCUAUACCGCUGAGAGGGCCGCCAGAGCUGGAGACCUUUUUGACUCUUUGGGGGAGAUGGAGGAUCCACAGACCAUGGCCUUAGACAUGUUUGAUGGCAUGCUUCGCCGGAGCUUUGGGGACUUUACAGGUUUGCACCUUACGGCUGAGCAAUGGAUACAGGCAUCGCUGGGGUUGGCUCAAGGGGGCCUUGGGCUUCGCUCCACCUCCAGGCACGCCGCUGCGACUUUCUUGGCAUCGCGGGCGUCGACUCUGACAUCUGCCGCCGAACUAGAUGGCGGAUUCUCCAUCGACGAAGCAAAAGCUUGCCCAGAUGUUUGCGCUGCCCUUGCCGCCUUCAAUACCCACCUCCCACCAAGUCAAGCCAUCGCUUUAGAUGCUGCCUUAGCCCACAAACAAAAAGCUUUAUCGACGAUGCUGGACUCGGCGGCGUGGGAUACGCAGCUGGCCCAGAGUGCCAUUGCCGGACGGACGACGCUGCUUUCUGAAGCUUCUAUUGGUGGCAGGGCUUUUCUCAAUGCCCUGCCCAGCGGGCGAAUGCAAAUGGAACCGGUUGCUUUUCUGUCUGAACUUCGUGUCCGAUUGCAGGUCCCUGACGCCACCUCCGACACUUGGUGCCCCUUGCGCGACGCAGUCUUGGACCACCACAGCCACCACGCCGGGACGCACACAGCGGCACCACGCGGUCCGGGAUCUGGUGCAUGCCUGGUGUCAACGUGCUGGACUGCUCGCCGCCCAGCUGAUGUGUAUUUGCCCACCUUUGCAGGGUCUCCUAUUGCCUUCGAUUUCGCCGUCACGGCGCCCUAG